AUGGAUAACAUUAAACAUAUUAUCGAAUCAUCUCGAGUUCCGAUAAUUUUUCAUGAUAUGUUAGAUGAUUGGGAACUGUUUAAAUGGGAUUUAGACAAAUGGGACGAUAUAUUUAAACACCAGUCAUUAGACUGUAGAAAAGGAAGAAUUACGUGCACUAAAGAACCUUUAUGGGAAAGUAAGUGUUUGCAUGAAAGUCAUUCAUUUAGCGAAGUUAUAAACAUGUCAAAAGAUAUUGAGAAAAGUGGAAAUUGGUUAUAUUUUGAUUAUAAGCACAUUGGAGAAACAGUUGAUGAAAACAUAUUCAAAUCUAUAUCAUGGAAAAAGUUUGGUUAUGAAUAUUUAGGUCCAAAAGAUUCAACUUUGUGGAUUGGAAGUAUUGGUGCGCAUACACCAUGUCAUCAAGACUUAUAUGGUAUUAAUUUAGUGGCUCAAGUUCAUGGAAAAAAACGUUGGAUUCUAAUGCCACCUGAAAUGGGAAAAUAUUUGAAGCCAUCUAGAGUUCCUUACGAAGAGUCUAGCUGUUAUAGCAAAAUUAACUUUUCAUGUCCAGAUAAUGUUAAAGAUAUUGAUGAUGCUUGUAGAUGUGUGGCAGUGGUUUUAUCUCCAGGCGAUGUACUAUUAGUCCCACAUAAAUGGUGGCAUUAUGUUGAAAACUUAACUACUGCUGUUAGUAUUAAUACUUGGAUACAGACUCCUAAAUAUGACAACAUGGCUCGGUUAAAUGAGUCUGUGGUUCGUUUUAUGGCGAGCAGUAUAUGUUCUGGUGUGUCUAAGAAUAUUCAAUCUAGAUUACUAAAUCCGAAUGAAAUAUUUUCACCAUCCAUGAUUGCAGAGUCAAUUAAUUUUAUCGAACAAAGCAUUAAAAUGAUAAAAAAUGAAGAAAAUACAGCAGAUUCAAAAGAACCAGAUUCAACUUCACUUAAUAUCACAAAAUAUCAGUAUAAAAGUUAUGAACCAGAACAAUGUUUGUCUAAAGUAGAACUUGACACAAAAUAUCACAGAUAUAACCAUACUUCAAGUUCUUUUGAAUCAGAUUUAAAUACUGAUAUAAGUCAUAGAUUAUUAGAUUCAUUAUGUAAUGAAAAUGUUAUAAAUCAAAUUGUUAGUAAUUUAAUUAAAAUAGACUAA